GGCUCCCCUUGUUGAGGAAGUGAAACAACGACAACAUUAACGGCGUCUCGACUCGAACACACCCGCCCGCCCGCCGCCGCGUCUCCGCCGCCGCACCGGUCCACCGACCGCGAUGCCGCCGCAGCGCGUCGCCGCUCUGCCGCGGCAACAGUCGCUGCUGCUGCCGGCGGUCAUCAACCCGUUCGUCCAAGACACCGCGCUCACCACGGCGGCGAUCAUAAAAUGUGUCCUCCUGGGCAUCUUCCUGGUCCCGAUCCGCGCCGUCCUCUUGUCCCUGGUCCUGAUGGUGACGUGGCCGGUGGCCGUGAUCAUAACCCUCAACCAGCCGCUGAAGGGCACCGUGGAGCCGAUGACGGGCUGGAGACGGUUCCUGUGCCGCAGCGUGAUUGCGGCGCUGGGCCGGGCCUACUUCUUCUGCAUGGGCUUCCGCGUGGUGGUGAAGGGGCAGCAGGUGAGCAGCGGCGAGGCGCCCGUCAUCGUCGUGGCGCCGCACUCCACCUUCUUCGACGGCAUCGUGUGCAUCGUGGCCGGCCUGCCCUCCAUCGUGUCGCGCGUCGAGAACCUGGCCAUGCCCAUCUUCGGCCGCUUCGUGCGCUGCCUUCAGCCAGUUCUGGUCUCCAGAAAGGACCCGGACUCCAGGAAGAACACCAUCCAGGAGAUCCACAGCAGAGCCAAGUCCGGAGGCCUCUGGCCACAGCUUCUCAUAUUCCCAGAGGGAACCUGUACGAACCGCUCGUGUCUCAUCACUUUCAAACAAGGUGCUUUUAUUCCCGGGGUCCCGGUGCAGCCUGUGGUGAUGAGAUACCCCAACAAACUGGAUACGGUGUCGUGGACCUGGCAGGGCUUCAGCUCGACGACGCUGCUGCUCCUCACGCUGUGCCAGCUGUACACCACAGUGGAGAUUGAGUUCCUGCCGACGCACUUCCCCACGGAGGAGGAGAAGAAGAGCCCUCCUCUGUUUGCCUCCAGAGUGAGAGAGACCAUGGCCCAGACUUUGGGCGUUCCCGUGACCGACCACACGUACGAGGACUGCCGCCUCAUGAUCUCGGCCGGCGAGCUCACGCUGCCCAUGGAGGCCGGCCUGGUGGAGUUCACCAAGAUCAGCCGCAAGCUCAAUCUGAAGUGGGACCACGUGAAGAAGGAGCUGGAGGGCUUCGCCGCCAUGGCGCGGUCCUGUGAUGGCGGCCGCAUCACCGUCCACGAGUUCGCCCGAUUCCUGAAGCUGCCGGUGAACCCGGCGCUCGAGGAGCUGUUCGCCUUGUUUGAUAGGGACGGAGACGGCACCAUCGACUUCCGGGAGUACGUCAUCGGGGUGACCAUCCUGUGCCGGCCGGCCAACACGGAGGACGUGCUGCGCCUGGCGUUCCAGCUGUUUGACACCGACGGUGACGAGAGGAUCACCCGGGAGGAGUUCACCGCUCUGCUGCGCUCGGCGCUCGGCGUGUCCAACCUCAACAUGGCGAAGCUCUUCAAGGAGGUCGACGCCGACGGCUCCGGCUUCAUCAGCUUCGCCGAAUUCCACGACUUCGCCAUGAUCCACCCGGAGUACGCCAAGCUCUUCUCCACCUACCUGGAGCUGCAGAGGUACCAGGCCAUCCAGGAGGCGGAUCCGGGGGAUCUGGAGUUAACCGGAUCGCCCGAACAACGGGAAGACAGCGUCUCCGACAAAAAAGACGACUGAGCCCGAGAAUGACUGAACUCUGAGAGACACCACUGUAGAGCAGGAGAACAAGCAUAUUUUUAUAUAUAUUUACAUAUAUAUUUAUAUAUAUAUUUAUAUAUAUAUAGUUUUUAGGGUGCUUCGUUGUACAAUUUUAAUGCCUUUUAUUGAGAUUUUAAAAAUUCAAAAAAGUCGCUGCACAAUAAAUGUCAUAUUGCAGACUUUUAAAUUCUUAACAUGUUGUGUGUGUUUUGGUUAUGUGCACAAAAUAAUAAUAAUAAUUUAAAAGUUAGUCAUACGGUGGAAAUAUGUCAAAAGUCACAUGGGCUCUGUGUUUUAAUGGGGUCCCCCCUAUCACGCAUAUAUAGCUCUCAUUAGCUUAAAAUCAGCCGCUGACAUGUUGAGAGCCAUGUGGAGUCAAUCCGUCAUCGCAGAUAUGCUCUGGAUUUUUAAUUGAGAGCUUUUUAACUUUUUAGAAGCCCCGCCCAUCUUGAGAGGUUUAAAGUUAGUCCCCCUUAACACACACAUAUAGAUCUCACUAGUUUAAAAUUAGCCGCUGACAUGUUGAGAGCCAUGUGGAGUCAAUCAGUCAUCACAGAUAUGCUCUGGAUUUUUAAAUUAAGCGCCUUUUAACUUUAGAAGUCCCGCCCAUCUUUCGAGGUUUAAAGUUAGCGACGGCGUUUAAACAUUUUUUUUAAUUAUCCUAAACUCAAGCCACGUUGGCCAUUUUGUUUUUGACUUGUAUCCUGAGCCAGAUGAACGUAGCGCUCUGUGUACCUUCUCCUUUUGUCUCUGGUCUUCUGUUUAAAAAAAAGUAAAAAGCCAAAUCAACACCUUUUUAAAAAGAAAAAUACAAGCAAAGAGUUCACAUGUGUUGCAGUAUAAUUAGUUUACAGUAAGCUUCGUUAAAAUCUCUCCAAUCCGGAAAAAAAAAAAACUCCACAGAUGUUCACACAUUCUUCUGCAUUCCCCUUUUUUAUUUCGGUGCUCAGGGACUCAGACCGUGUUCUACGGCUGUAUAAUUAGCCGGAGGUUUGCUUUGCAUGUGUUUCUAUUUGCAUUUCCACUGAAGACUGUUAGUUGCUGAGGCAGCAGCAGCUUUAACUCCACUAAAGCAAAUAAUCCACCGGUGGAAAUAGGGCAAUUUGUGAGCAAAGAGGCGACGGUGCUCCUCCACAACAUCUCACAUCCCAGCGGGGUGCGUGCUCACGGUAACUAGCCACACUUGUUAUUUUUUAUUUAGCAAGGCCAUUUCCAAUUAUGUGCUUUUUUUUCUUCUUUUCUUCUCUAUUUUUGUUAACACUGCAAAGUUUGCUUUUUAAUAAACAAUAAAACAAGAGUACAAUUUUAA